CUUUCUCCUUUUGUCAAGUUUCAUGGGUUGUGUGCCCAGCAAGAAUAGGCCACCGGCGGGAGUCUCCGGCGAUGAUCUUCCUAACCCAGAAAGCGAUGCUCUUGUUUCAGACCAAAACCAAACCCAACCCACAGACCCAGUUGAGGCUGAUGGGGUUGUUGCAGAGCAAGAACAAGAAAACAAGAAGAAGAAGCUGAGGGUGUUCAUAGUGUUCUACUCAAUGUAUGGUCAUGUGGAGAUGAUGGCCAGAGAGAUUAAGAAAGGGGUUGAUUCCACUGAAGGGGUUGAAGGAGUUUUGUACCGGGUUCCGGAGACUCUGUCGUCUGGGGUGUUGGAGCAGAUGAAGGUGCCCAAAAAUGAUGAUGGGGUGGUGCCUGUGAUAGUGCCUGAGAAACUGGUGGAGGCUGAUGGGGUGUUGUUCGGGUUUCCGACACGGUAUGGGUCAAUGGCUGCUCAGAUGAAGGCCUUUUUUGACUCCACGGGGGAGCUGUGGAAGGAGCAGAAGCUUGCAGGGGUGCCUGCUGGGUUCUUUGUCAGUACUGGCACACAGGGCGGUGGACAGGAGACAACUGUUUGGACAGCCAUUACUCAGUUAGCACACCAUGGAAUGAUUUAUGUUCCAAUUGGCUACACCUUUGGUGCUGGAAUGUUCCAAAUGGACUCCCUUAGAGGAGGGUCUCCAUAUGGUUCUGGAGUUCUUUCUGGAGAUGGCACGAGGAAACCAACUGAGACAGAGCUCGCUCUUGCAGAGCAUCACGGAAAAUACAUGGCUACUAUUGUCAAGAAGCUUGCACGGCCAUCUAGUUUUCAUGUGCCAGGUCAUGGACUGAAUGACUCUUGACUAUACAUUUCUUUGCUUAUCCAUACAAAUUUAUUGGUGUUUUCUACUCUGUUUUGUGAUGUUCUAUAGAUGUCAUAUGUUGAUAGAUUUUUUCCAGGUAGAAAUGCAAUAGGUGUCAAUAGCUUUUUGAUAGUUGAGAUCCAUUCCUUUUCCUGAUUAAAUUGUAAAGUAUCUCAUGAUCAUCAGUUUCGAACUUUUGACGAAUGCUCAGUCAAAUGGUGUUUUGUGGUUGAUUGAAACAUUAUUGUCGUCAAUAAAGCUGUGGAUUAUGUUCAUUUUU